AUGACUUCACUCUCUGCUCCUAAUCAGUAUCCGGCGGCAAAUUGGAGGCGCCGACGCAUCAGAGUAUCUAAAAUAGGAGUACAAGGGAUGUUGCGAGUGAAAGACUCGGAAACUCGCGAAGUCAAAGAUUUAUGUGGUUUGUGGAAUUUCCGCGCUGACAUGUCAAAUGACCGAGAAGCGGGCUUUCGGGAGUCAUGGUUCUCAAAGCCACUUUCAAAGUCUGGUACAACCAUUCCAAUGCCUGUGCCAUCAAGUUAUAAUGACGUUACCCAAGAUAGGACCCUUAGGGACUUUAUAGGAUGGGUGUGGUAUGACAGAGAAUUCUUUGUCCCUCAUUCUUGGAAUGACUUGAACAAGACAAGAGUUGUGUUGAGGUUUGAAAGUGCACAUUACUACAGCAUAGUUUGGGUGAAUGGGAAAAAGGUCGUAGAACAUGAAGGUGGACACCUCCCAUUUGAAGUUGAAAUCACCACAGAUCUUGCUUACAACAAAGUCAACUGGAUAACAGCAGCUGUGAAUAAUACCCUUACACCAACAACACUACCGCCAGGGACCAUAGAAUACCUGACAGGAGGUGAUGGGUAUCCUCCAGGUUACUUUGUUCAAAAAUACAAAUUUGACUUCUUCAACUAUGCAGGCAUCCACCGACCUGUCAAGCUGUACACCACAUCCAUAGCAUAUCUCUCAGAUAUAACCAUCACCACAUCCUAUGACCAAACCUCGCAGUUAGCUGUUGUUCAAUUUGACUGUCAAGUUGGAGCCCCUGAUACAGUACCUGAGAAUGAAAUUACAAUGAAAUAUGAUUUGUUAGAUAAGGAUAACUAUGUGGUGGCUACAGAUAGUGGUGCUGACAUGUUUAAGGGACAGUUUACAAUUAAGAACCCAAUACUUUGGUGGCCUGUUGGUAUGAGUAACAUCACUGCUUACCUGUACACACUGAAAGUAAGUGCUUUAAUUACUGUUCUAUUUAUUGAAUAA